AUGGAAGGAUUGAUGAACAUCCUCCUGUCUGCUUGCUUCAAGGCCAUCAUAACAUGUUGCGAUGUGUUUGUGGUGUUUGCUGUUGAGCCCAACAUGAACAUGAGGAGGCAGUCGCGUGCGACACUCGCCUCUCCAGUAGGACUCAAUGCCCUUGUACUCAAAACCCAUCCAACAAAGCGGGAUGUGGAUGGAUGA